AGAGAGAGAGAGAGAGAGAGAGGAGUUGGUUGCGGUUCUGAUAACCAGGUGGCCCGUGUUGUUUUCUUCCAGUUUUCUCUACCCACGACCCUCGUGAUUUAGGUAACAUUCGUCUCACCCGGAGUGUUACACUGUUUUUAUAUAGAAAAAAAAAAUAGAGAAGAAGAGGGAAGAAACCAACACGGGACACCUGGUUAUCAGAACGGCGAACAACUCUUCCCUCUUCUCUUUUUUAAACAAAACAACCGAACAGCCCCGUCUCUUGAGUGUAUCACUGCGCCGGGUACACUCAACAUAGAUUGGCACUAUAGUUCCUACAAACUAGCAUAUCUUAUGUGUAUGUACGUAACUGCUUUGUGCUGUUCAUAAUAACAAGUCUUCGUCUUACUCUAACCGGAGGAUCAGACGGUUGGAGAAGAUGUUCCAAGGAAGCUGAAGGAUGCCGGGAGUGGGCCAGAGUAAUCCCAGUCUGUGGACCUGGCUGCCUCAGAGCAACCAGUCUCCAUGUGACCGCUACAGACACGCCUGCUGCAGCUACAACGGAGACGUGUACUUGCUGGGUGGUAGAAACAGUGGCUGGCUCGGGGACUUCUGGAAGUACAACGUGGUGUGUAAUAAGUGGACACAGUUGAGCUGCACAGGAGAAGCUGCACCAGAGGAGCUGGAGCAGCAUUCCAUGGUCGCGCAUAAGGGGUUCCUUUAUGUGUUUGGAGGACUGUUGGACUCAGCGUCUACCAUGAGCAGAUGUGCCUUCUGGGUGUUUGACGUGGUGAAGCAGGAGUGGGUCCAGUUUCAGGAAAAGGCCAUCCCCCUUCAGUCUCAGAUGCCUAGUAACAGGAAGGGACACAGUGCGGUGGUGAUUGGGUCGGCCAUGCUGAUCUACGGAGGACUUGUGGACAUCAAAGGAUCAUCUGAGGAGUUCUGGAGUUUGGAUUUUGGAACCACAAAUUGGUCUCAGCUGGGCCCGUCUGGGUCCUCGGGUCCUGGACCCAGACAGAGCCACUCCGCCGUGGCCUACCAGGAAGCCAUGUUCCUGUUUGGUGGCUUGAGGGGUUUGCAGGAAAUGCAGGACUUCUGGAAGUGGGAUUCCAGCAGCGACGCGUGGACCUGCCUCAGAAGGAUGUCCAGCCCCCCCCGUCUCCUGGGCCACUCCGCCGUGGUCUUCAAGGACAACAUGUUUCUGUUUGGAGGCGGAGACUCUCACAACUCUACAAGCAACUUCCUGUGGAGCUACAGCUUCACCACUCAGAGCUGGAGUCAGAUGCUGUCUCUGGGGGACUCCAACCCUCCAACCAAGAUCCACCACUGCUGUGUGGGUCUGGGUCAGAGCUACAGCUCUGGUACCGGCAGCACCACCACGUCUGAAGUCAAACCCAGGCAGAUGGGCAGGAGACUCCGUUGCUUUAAAAACAAGUGCUUCCCUCAGCCGCACACACACGGAGCAGAUCUGGAGAUGAUGGACAUGCAUCUGACUUCUGGCAGAGCCAGGAAAGACCUGUUGGACCAGGAAGACGAGGGAGACUUUAGGAAGCAUCUGCCUGAUUCGCUGCUGGUGCUGGGAGGGAAACCGUUCACGGGCAACCGUCCCAUCUCCAUCUGGCAGAUGACCCUCUCCUAGAAAAUUCUCUGUUCAGUUUUAAACCUUUAAAGAUUUUAUUCACGUACUUUUA